CCAUGGCUACCGUUACUGAGACGGAACCCGACGUGGACGGCGGCGAUCUCGAUCGCAAGGUGUCCGUCGUGGACAUCUCCGACGACCUGCAGGACUUCAUCAAGCGGGUGGCGGCCGAGAUUGACGAGAACCCGACCAGUAGCUACACCACUCCCCAUAUACCCCUGCCGAAAAUAAACGUCGGCGAACCCGUUUACGUCAAGGCCAUCAAGUACUGGAAGCGCAAAGUCUUCAAGUCCAAAAUAGCAGAUCUCAGUGCUAGAGACGUUGAAAGGGCCAACUUCGUCUUUUCCAUCUACGACUUCGAAGGAAAUGGUACCGUCGACGCUGUCAACCUAGGAGACAUGCUCCGCGCCCUCAACCUCAACCCCACAUUGGCCACAGUCGAGAAACUAGGAGGAACCAAAAAGAAGAAUGAAAAGAAACUUAAAGUAGAAGAAUUCCUUCCCAUCUUCAGCCAAGUAAAGAAAGACAAAGAACAGGGUAACUUCGACGACUUCCUCGAGUGCCUGAAACUCUACGACAAAGAAGAAAACGGUAAAAUGAUGGCUGCUGAACUUGCACACACCCUCCUUUCCCUUGGCGAAAGAUUAUCAGACGCUGAAACCGAUGAAGUUUUAGCUGACUGCCUGGACAAAGAAGAUGAUGAAGGAUUCAUCCCUUACGAACCAUUCCUUAAAAAGAUGAUGGCGUAAGAAGCUAUUUUUAGUUAUUUUAUGUAAUUUAAUUACCUGAGUACGUGCUGCUACCAAAAAAAGGCAAAAAUCCACAAACUGUACAAAGUCAUCUCUAUCUGGAUAGGUAACGACCAUCAGAAGUCAGCACUGUUUUCAAGACUAUACCAUCAGCACCAUGGAAAACUUAUUGUCAAAACCAUGCAAGAACUCCAUUUAAAAUCAAAUCCAAAAUUGUAUUUGCCUAAGUUUUGCUAUUUCCCGACAAUUUUUUGUCGUCGGUUAUAUUUUAUGUUAUAUUAUUGUAAAUUAUUCAUAUUGUCAUAAAAAUAAAAGUGAAAACCCUAA